CCCCUUUCCACCGGCGUUCGAUCGCGUAGCGUCUCUGCUGCUGCGGGCUCGGUAUGUGGCGCAUGAGUGUGCGUUUCGGGAUGUAACGGCGUCCUCACGGAGUCCCGAUACCGAAUUUACUCACUCAGAAGACCCGAACGGAGAGCGCGAGCAAACCCGAGGGAGUUUACGACAGCGCGGCGUGGAGGGAGACACGGAAGGGAGAACUAGCAAAUCCAAGCCGACACCGCACGCAGAAAUGGCGGAGCACCACGCAGCCGGCGACGGCAAGCACAAAGCGUCCACCAAUGCCGGGGGCUCGGCGCACGGGAACAGCCGACCCGGCGCGGCGGGUGGCGGAGGGGGCAAAGUGGGCCUGUCUGGUGGACUGACUCAACCGGCGGGGUGGCAGUCUUUACUCUCCUUUAGCAUUCUCUUCCUGGCCUGCCUGGCCGGAUUCAGCUCCAGACUUUUCGCGGUGAUCCGGUUCGAGAGCAUCAUCCACGAGUUUGACCCAUGGUUCAAUUACAGAUCGACGCACCAUCUCACCACAAAUGGCUUCUACGAGUUCCUCAACUGGUUUGAUGAACGGGCGUGGUACCCUUUGGGCAGGAUUGUUGGCGGCACAGUGUACCCGGGGUUAAUGGUGACUGCCGGUCUCAUCCACUACAUGCUCAACCUGCUCCACAUCACCGUCCACAUCCGGGACGUGUGUGUCUUCCUGGCGCCGGUGUUCAGCGGUCUGACGGCCAUCUCCACCUUCCUGCUGACGCGGGAGCUGUGGAACCAGGGGGCGGGUCUGCUGGCGGCCUGCUUCAUUGCCAUCGUCCCGGGCUACAUCUCCCGCUCCGUCGCGGGCUCCUUCGACAACGAGGGCAUCGCCAUCUUCGCCCUGCAGUUCACCUACUACCUCUGGGUGAAGUCGGUGAAGACGGGCUCCGUGUUCUGGGCCAUCGGCUGUUGUCUCUCCUAUUUCUACAUGGUGUCGGCAUGGGGAGGUUACGUGUUUAUCAUCAACCUGAUUCCCCUGCAUGUGUUUGUGCUGAUGCUGAUGCAACGCUACAGCAGAAGAGUCUACAUCGCUUACAGCACUUUUUACAUCGUGGGUCUUGUACUGUCGAUGCAGAUCCCCUUUGUCGGCUUCCAGCCAAUCAGGACCAGCGAGCACAUGGCUGCUGCCGGUGUGUUUGCUCUUCUCCAAGCCUACGCCUUCCUGCAGUACCUGAAGGACCGGCUGACCAGACAGGAGUUCCAGACACUUUUCCUCCUCGGCGUGUCUCUUGCUGCCGGCGUGGUCUUCCUCACCGUCAUCUAUCUCACUUACACAGGAUACAUCGCGCCGUGGAGCGGUCGCUUCUACUCUCUCUGGGACACCGGCUAUGCAAAGAUCCACAUCCCCAUCAUCGCGUCGGUGUCGGAGCACCAGCCGACGACGUGGGUCUCCUUCUUCUUCGACCUCCACAUCCUGGUCUGCACGUUCCCCGCGGGCCUCUGGUUCUGCAUCAAGAACGUCAAUGAUGAACGAGUGUUUGUGGCCCUGUACGCCAUCAGCGCGGUCUAUUUCGCCGGCGUGAUGGUGCGCCUGAUGCUCACGCUGACGCCGGUGGUGUGCAUGCUCUCUGCGGUGGCCUUCUCCAGCGUCUUCGAGCACUACAUGGGAGAUGACACCAAGAGGGAGAAACCGCCCGCCGAGGACAGCAGCGACGAGGACGACAAGAGGAGUUCUGGGAAUCUUUACGACAAGGCCGGCAAGGUGCGCAAACACGUGUCUGAGCAGGAGAAGGCCGAGGAGGGCCUCGGCCCCAACGUCAAGUCCAUCGUCACCAUGCUCAUGCUCAUGCUGCUGAUGAUGUUCGCCGUCCACUGCACCUGGGUCACCAGCAACGCCUACUCCAGUCCCAGUGUGGUGCUGGCCUCGUACAACCACGACGGGACGCGCAACAUCCUGGAUGACUUCAGGGAGGCCUACUACUGGCUGAGGCAGAAUACAGACGAGCACGCCCGCGUCAUGUCGUGGUGGGACUACGGGUACCAGAUAGCCGGCAUGGCCAACAGGACCACGCUGGUCGAUAACAACACGUGGAACAACAGUCACAUAGCACUGGUGGGGAAAGCCAUGUCUUCCAAUGAGAGCGCGGCCUACGAAAUCAUGAGGUCGCUGGAUGUGGACUACGUGCUGAUCAUCUUCGGAGGAGUUAUCGGCUACUCAGGAGACGAUAUAAACAAGUUCCUGUGGAUGGUGAGGAUAGCCGAGGGAGAGCACCCAAAGGACAUCAGGGAGAGCGACUACUUCACCCCUCAGGGAGAGUUCAGGGUGGAUAAGGCCGGAUCACCAACUCUGCUCAACUGCCUCAUGUACAAGAUGUCCUACUACCGAUUUGGUGAAAUGCAGCUGGACUUCCGGACGCCACCCGGCUUCGACCGCACGCGCAACGCCGAGAUCGGCAACAAGGACAUCAAGUUCAAGCACCUGGAGGAGGCGUUCACCUCCGAGCACUGGCUGGUGAGGAUCUACAAGGUGAAGAGCCUGGACAACAGGGAGCCGCUGGACCACAAGCUCCGCAGCGUGGUGCCCAGGCAGAAGUACACCUCCAAGAAGACGGCCAAGAGGAAGCGAGGACACAUCAAGAACAAGCUUUCCCUGAGGAAAGGCAAGAAACUACAAAAGAAAUAACGGCCACGAUGAACUCUUUCUAGCAAAACAAACAACUGCGAAGAAACCUCCAACAACCAACGAAGAAGAACACAAAGGCCGUUUAUCUGGCACUUGGUCUCCCGCGCUUCUCAUUAGAGCGCCCCUGUGUGUUGAGGAAGUGUCAUUAGCUCCAGAACAGUUGCUUAAUUCUCCCCUCCUUUGUUUUCCUUGUUUUCUAGCUGGUCGUUGUUGUUGUUUUUUUACUUGGUACUUGAAUGUGUGGCGAGGCAGAGGGCUGCUCGGCGUCAAUUUAAUGUGUGGUGUGUUUAAUUAACUGCUUAUCAGUGUGGCCGUCGUGGGUGUGAGGAGGGGGAGGAGGUGGUGGGAGGAGGAGGAGGGGGCGGCUGAGAAGACUAGGAACAUUUGCACCAAAGACCCGUCUCCCUUGCUCCACGGCACAUGUGCACUCAUUGCUGAGGAGGGACUCGUUCCUGACGCGUGUACAGAGGACAGUAUGCGGAAUGGAGGAACGCCACCGUCGGUAAAAUGAACCUUCUUAUCGUCUUCGUCUGCCUUGCUCCUCGACCUUUUUUAUUUUAUUUUCCAAAAGAUCCUUUAGAAAAAACAAUUGGCCUAAUGUGUAAAUAUGUUAUGUAAAGAAUAAGUCUAAAAGGUUGAUAAUAUAUUGGAUUAUUGUGAUUUUUAAAAAUGCAGUUUUCAGUUCUCAUUUCUUUGUGAUUAUUUUGCUCGUUUUUUGUAUGACAGCCAAUAGCUCAGUGAAUGCAAUAAUUCUUGUACAGAGGUGCUUGAGAUUUAGUUGGAAGAAUGAAUGUGAAUUUUUACAACGCCCCCUCCAGCACCCCCCCUUCUCUCAUAAAUGGCAUCGAUUGUACAUUUCUGCUGCUAGGGGAUUCUACGACAGAAGCCAGCUAUGGUGUGUAAAAAGUAGGGAUAAUAAAUUCAGCGCCCCGUCCUGCAGAGGGAGCUCUCUCUCCGUGCCUCAUCGAUUAGUGAUGCUCUGCGAUGCGUAUCAAUGGCGCCAGACUUCAACACGUCUGGGAAUACACUUGUGUGUGUGUGGGGGGAGAAAGUGAGGGGCGGAAAGUUCUCCGACGACCGACUUUAUUGUACCUUUAGAGCUGUGUCCUAAUUCUGCAUUGAAGACUUGAUUCACACGGAGGCUCGACGGCUUCUUAUUCGUGCUCCAUGUGUUACGGUGGAGUGGCCCUUUAGUUUUCUGUCGGUCGACUAGUAGAUGAGACACUAAAGAAUACUGAUCAUUUCUAGUGUAUUCUUGAUAUUAGUAUUCAGUGUUAUUGAAUUAUCAGUUUCUGUUCAUUUGGUUAAUAAAAUGCUACAAGCAGCUUUUUUUUUUUUUUAGAUUAGUCAAAGUUCAUGUUUUUUAACCUUCCAUUUAUUUUAAGUAUGCAGUUGGGACACAGCUCUGUUGAGCCGUAACCUUUGGCCUCUUGUUCUAUGGGCACUGCACUGUUCUUCGACCGUCUGGGUUCUCCAGAUGUUCCUGUAUGUGCACGCUUGGUAAGUUUUUCAUGUUAAUUUUGAUCAAGUAACGACUCGUCAAACAGCUGAUCUUCCACAUCUCACUGGAGAGUGACUUAUUUUUGUUUUUCUUUGACUUUUAUUACUUUUACAAAUAUUGUCUGAAACUUUCACUCUUCAGACCAUUGACACAUCUUUCUGAUUUGUUGAGCCUUAAUGUGAUGUACACUUGUUGCCCUCUUUCAUUUUGUGUCGAUUAGCAGCGGCAGAACGGUGCCGUCUGUCCUUCACACGGUUUUGUUUGAAAUCUCUGCUUCACCUUCAAAGUUUACAUUUAUACAUUGUUGUUCAGCCAUCUUUAAAUAUACACUUUAAUGAAAA